GAAUAACUAUGCCGAUGCUUAUUUGUUUUAUAAACGCCGAAAACAGCUGAUUAAGUAUAUUUGGUUCUGUUACUUAUACACACUUGCUCUAGGUACGCAGGAAUUCGCAGGCGAAUCUGAUAGGACCUUUUCCUCAUAAACAAAUUCUGCGUAAGGAGCGUAACUGCUGGUAAAAUAUGGAUACGAGUCGAGGAAGCAAAGAAAUGGUGCUUUUGGCUGGAAACUCGCAUCCAGAACUUGCACAUCUCAUAGCAAGCCGUUUAGAGACACCUGUAGGCCGUGCUGAAGUGAAGGAAAUGGCAAACCGUGAGACAAGUGUAGAGAUAAUGGAGUCGGUGAGGGAGAAGAGUGUUUACCUGAUUCAGACUGCUGAUCCAAAAGAUGUCAACAAUAAUAUUAUGGAACUUCUCAUCAUGGCAUAUGCAUGCAAGACGUCAUCAGCUCGGAACAUUGUAGGAGUGAUCCCUUACUUACCCUAUUGUAAACAGAGCAAGAUGCGAAAGAGGGGGUGCAUUGUCUCAAAACUUUUGGCAAAAAUGAUGUAUAAAGCUGGCUUAACACAUGUGAUAACUAUGGAUCUUCAUCAGAAAGAAAUACAAGGUUUUUUUGAGUGUCCAGUUGAUAACUUGAGAGCCUCACCAUUUUUGCUCCAGUACAUCCAGGAAUGUAUCCCAGACUAUCGUAAUGCAGUGAUAGUGGCUCGUGAUCCUGGUUCAGCUAAGAAGGCCACAUCCUACGCAGAACGUUUGCGACUUGGCAUUGCUGUCAUUCAUGGAGAGCAGAAGACAAACGAAGAUGAACAAGCUGAUGGUAGGAAUUCUCCUCCACUGGUGGAGCAUUCUCGUAUUAUGGAUGUUGGAGUUGGGGUCCCAGCACUUGCUGCCAAGGAAAAGCCUCCCAUCAAUGUUGUUGGAGAUGUUGGUGGCCGUAUAGCUAUCAUGGUGGAUGAUAUGAUUGAUGAUGUGGCCUCAUUUGUGGCUGCAGCAGAGGUACUCAAAGACCGUGGCGCAUACAAGAUUUAUGUUAUGGCCACUCAUGGUUUGCUGUCAUCAGAUGCUCCCCGGCUUAUUGAUGACUCUCCAAUUGAUGAGGUUGUUGUUACAAAUACUGUCCCUCAUGAAAUUCAGAAAAUGCAGUGUCACAAAAUCAAGACUGUCGACAUAAGCAUCCUCCUUGCUGAAUCCAUACGUCGUAUUCACAAUAACGAGUCCAUGUCUUAUCUCUUCAGGAAUGUAACACUGGAAGAUUGAGGAUAUUCAUGGUUAUUGGAUCUGUUGACUCCCAACUGUGUGUCCAGUGGCUGUUCAGCAGAUUGUGUAAUUCAUCCAUAGUAAAAUAUAUAUAUAGAUAUAUAUAGUCUUAAAUUAUAUAUAGGAAAUAUUUUGUCUAAUUGUUGAAUACAUUUUGCUCUGUGAAUUGGAACCACAGGUUAGCAUCUUUUGCUUCAUGAAAAGAUUUUUGUCUUUGACGUCAUAGCAUUGUCACUGCUAGAAUGGAAGUGUAUGCUGAUUUGAGUUGUGAAGUUAUCUUUAAUGCACCUUACCUUUGCCUCAUGGAAUCUUUACCUUGUGCUACAUUUAAAUUCAUUAGUCAAAGGUAGCCCUGGGUUAUUGCAACUUUUAUUGUAAUUUUUCAAGGGGAGCUCUUUGAGUUACUACUUUUACAUUGAGUUCAUGUUCUUAUCAUGGGAAGGUGCAGCUGUUGUAAAAGUUAAAAGUACAUUGUGAUAUAAAUAUGUACUGUAUACAUUUAUAUUUGUAUUAUAAACAGGUGAUCUUGUGUAUAUUGUACAGAUAUUAAUUAAGAAUAUAUUCAAUAUGUUACCUUUAUAAAUAUGAGGUCCCAGGUUUUGAUUCUUCAGUCACAAUUUUAUACUGUAUUACUUUUCAUAGCAUUUUAUUUGUUAUGAGGUAAAUUUAUUUUUAAAUAAGGAACUUCACACCUAAAACACCUGCUGGUUCAUGAGGGGAAGACAUAAUGUAGCCCUAGAUCAUGAAUUAUAAUGUAUGUUGUCUUGCUUUCGUGCGUACAAAUUAAGAUUUUUUUAAUCAGUAUACCAACUAGGCAGACUUGUUUGUAUUGUCUUAUUUUGUAUUGUGCACUGUUGGUUAAUUGUGUUUUGUUGACUUUUGAUUUAAUUUUGAAAAUAUGAAAACAUUUACAAUAUAUAAAAGUUUCAUAGACAUCACAUUCCUGUUCUGAAUUGAAUUGAAUUUUUAUUUCAGGUUUCCUGGACUGCAUGUCAUUGAUGUAUUUGAUUAAGAAAUAGCCCUACCUGUCUUGUGAAGUCACAUAAAACUUGACUACAGUAUACUAGUAAUGAGUUAACUGAAAUUCUGUCAUAUAAAAUGCGUUCUGAAGGAUAUUUAUGAUAUAAAACAGGAAAGAAGAGGAUUUGUGACUGGAAGUAAUUAGUAUUGUUCUUACAGGGAUACAUACACUAUGCCUUUCAUAAAUAAAUUUCUGACUGACAUCAGGAUCAAACCAGGUCUUUCAGUUGAAAGGCAAGGGCACUGCCAACUGAACCAAAAUUGCAAGAUCCGGGUUCGAUCCCAACUUGAGUCAGAAAUUUAUUUCUGUGCCACACAUGAUUGUGUGUUUAUCACUACUAUGCCUUUCAUAUAUGGAAAUAUCCUGCUGUGCAUACGCUGAACUGGCAAUGCACUGACUAAACAAGGGUGGUACCCAGGUGGAGACGAGGGAGAGGGAAUGCCCAUUCUCACACAGCUGACGUAACCCAUUGUCCUUCCUCCCUUGUUUUAGGUCAGAUGUGUUUCUUGUGUUCAGUCUUUUUAUGUGUGCCAGCCAUUACCUUUGUGAACCUUGUGCCUUUUGACUUAACAAUCCAAAAUUUUAUUGAUCAGUGCUUGUGUACUUUCAAUUGUUCUUUCACUCAGUGGAGAGCAAACAAGACCAACUACGUUGUAGGUCAUUGUCCACCUUUUAAUGGUUUCAGCUGGGAAUGUAGCAGCUUGUAAUGAAGGGUUCAUGAGCAGCUGUGUUAUUCCAUGAUGUAAAUACUAAUAAUAAUAACUUUUCAGAUGUUGUAAAGCUUAGUCGUAGAAGUUUCUGCAGGAGUUUGGUGUAUCAGUAGUAUUAGAAAGUCCUGUCAGGGCCUUCUUAAUUUAACCUUGAGAAGGAAAAAGACAUUCCCACUCUCUUAACUAGUUGCUCUUGGUUCCAAUGAUCUUGACUGUAUUGACUACUACAUUGGAAAAAACAAUGGGUAAUGUCAGUUAGAUGAGAAUCAGCAUCCUCCCUCAUCUCCACCUAGGUACCACACUUGUUUAGUUAGUACACAAGUCCAACACAUGUGUGGAAGUAUACUACUUUUAUGAAAGGCUUCAAUUUGUAUACAUAGGAAGAAUGCAAAUUGUACACAAAAUUCGGCAUAUUUCCACUUGCUAUUGGUAUAGUAGUUGAGCAGUCAGUAUUACUAGAUUUUCUGCCUCAUAAUUGUAAAUGCUCUGACUGCAGUGUUUUGACAGACUUUUUAGACAUUAUCCUAUGAAAAUUUUAUAAAUUUUUAUUUGCUUCUCUGUGGAUGCUAAGGGUAUAUUUUUCAGGAUAUUCAAAUGCUAAUAUUGCAUAAUAUAAAGCAGGUUUUUUUAAUACAAAUAUUAGACUUCACUAACAGUUAUGUCUGGGUAAAUUCAUGUAUACUAACAUUUCACAGGAAUUAUAUAGGAAAUUAGUUUGCCUUCUCUUAAAAGGUUAGGCGUCACUGUUUUACCAGUGUAGCAAUGUUUCCGAAAAAAUCUUACAGGUUGUAAUAAUUACAUAUGAAAAACUUUUUUUUUUUUUUUUUAAUUUUAGUAAUAUGCUGGUUGUACUUCUAAUAAUGUGUCAUCAUUUUGUUUGAAUCAGUGAAAAUAACUGUUAUUUAUGAAAUAUUUAUUAAGGUUGAGAAAUUUUGAUGUAUUAAAUAUUGUACUAAAAAUUCUUCAAGCACAGGUUGUAGUCUUUAGUGUCAAGAGGAAGAAUAUGUUAUUGCUAUCAGUGUAACUCAGGCAGGUCUCAAAAGCUGUUAUACUUCAGAGUGAGAGAGAAAGAAAGACAUGUCAUAGUGAUGUUAAUGCUUCUUUAGGAUACCUAAAAAUUUUAAAAUUGUUUUAAACAUACAGGUAAGUCUUAGAAAGUCAAGUAUAUAAAAUAAAUUUGGUCUAAUCUAUUAAGAAAGAUGUGAUAUCAAGUAGCAGCAACCUUUCUGUAUACUAUUGCAAAACUAAUGUACCAUGGAGUGGGAAACUACAUGCAACUAAAAGAAUAAAUUGCAGGCAAUUUUUUAAAAGAAUUUAAUUACUUUCUAGUUUUUACACAGAUGAUGGUGUUCUAAGUCUUAAUGUCAAUAAAUGGUAUUGUGAAAAAUAAUUUGACUAGUACAGUAUCCUAUCUUCAGUUGUAUUGCUUUCAUGGUAUUAUAAAAAUACUCUAUUGUUAUAGUGGGAUGGCAUUUGUAAGUUCAAAGGAAUUAUCUGGUAUUCUUAACAAAUAAAAAAACGUGACUCAAUUCUUGGGGUGAAACCAGUUAUACUUCAUCGUAUGUUCAUUUCAUGUCAUUUACAGUAAAUCCUUUGGUGGAUUGCAGUUUGUUAAAAUUCUACAAAUUAUAUUUCUAGUAGCCAAAUCAAAAUGCCAUGGUACACAAUAUACUCAGUUAAGAGGUAUUCUGAACCAUAUGUUUCAAAAUGAGUGAAGCUUACCUUUUUCAUCCAGUUCUCUUACAAUUUGACAAGUGUGUACUAGUGAAGAAUUUUUCUUAAUAUCCAUUUGUAUUUUUUUUCUCUUUUUAUAUUUUACACGUUUUCUUUUAAAUUCUUUUAGCUUUUAAUUCAAACUGAAUCAUAUCUGUUAUGGUAGCCUAGCACUUACGUUGGAUCUUUGUGUAUCAUUUACAUUAAGGUUUAGUUUAUGGUUUUAUACAGGGGUCUGUUCAUUAUAACGUUUCUCUAACAGCAUAUCUCUAUAAGAAAUAAACUAUCCAUUUUUAA